AUUGUUUGCGGAGCGCACUCAUCAUUUCUAGGGUUGCGAUUUCCACAAACGGAACAUCGAAACCCCUCUCGCUCGCUCGCUCGCUCGCGCUAGGGUUUCAACGAUGAUGCAACCGACAACAGGUGUGGCUCCGCCUCCCAUGGCCGGCGAUUACCAGCAGAGCCACCUCCAAUACCAGCAGCAACAACAACAGCCAUGGAUGAUUCCCAGUCAACAACAGCAACCUUUGCAGUAUCAGCCACAGCCGCCCAUGUACUACCACCAGCAGCCACCUCCUCAGCCGGCCGCCGCGGCGCAACCUCAGUACCAGGAUGCCCAGCUUUCUAGCGCCGACGAGGUCCGCACGCUCUGGAUCGGCGAUCUGCAGUACUGGAUGGAUGAGCAGUAUCUCAUCAGCUGUUUCGCCCAUACCGGUGAGGUGAUGUCUACAAAAGUUAUCCGAAACAAGCAUAGUGGUCAGUCAGAGGGUUAUGGAUUUAUUGAGUUUGUGAGUCAUGCUGCUGCAGAAAGAACUUUACAAGCAUGUAAUGGUACCCUGAUGCCAAAUGUUGAGCAGAAUUACAGACUGAACUGGGCAUCUUUUGGUGUGGGUGAGAAGCGUUCAGAUGGCACCCCCGACUUCACCAUAUUUGUUGGAGACUUGGCACCUGAUGUUACUGAUUACAUGCUACAGGAGACAUUCAGGGCCCACUAUCCUUCAGUUAAGGGUGCAAAGGUUGUAUCUGACAAGAUGACUGGACGGACAAAGGGCUAUGGGUUUGUCAAGUUUGGAGAUGAAAGUGAACAGUUACAGGCUAUGACCGAGAUGAAUGGGAAGUUCUGUUCAACCAGGCCAAUGCGUAUUGGCCCUGCUUCUAAUAAGAAGAGUGUGGCUUCAUAUCAAAAUACUCAAGAUACUCAAGGAACACAGAAUGAAGAUGAUGAUCCAAAUAAUACAACUAUAUUCGUUGGUGGCUUGAAUGACAGUGUUUCAGAAGACCAACUCAGGCAAGUCUUCAGUCCAAAUGGGCAGAUUGUCCAUGUGAAAAUACCAGCAGGCAAACGAUGCGGGUUUGUCCAAUUUGCUGAUAGGCGGUCUGCUGACAAAGCACUAAGGUUACUAAAUGGAACUCAGUUGGGUGGGCAAAAUAUUCGGCUGUCAUGGGGUCGUAGUCCCUCAAAUAAACAGCCUCAAGUGGAUCAAAACCAGUGGAAUGGUGGAUAUUAUGGAUUUCCACAGGGAUACGGAACUUAUGGAUACGCUGCCACAACCCAAGAUCCCAAUCUAUAUUAUGGAAGCUAUCCUGGAUAUGGAAACUACCAGCAACCCCCACCACAGCAACAGCAGUGAAAUUUGGAUCUAUUGAUGAGGUCGGACAACAUGGAGGUUGGUCCUUGUGAAAGAACAACAUGAACGCCCAUUGUUGUUUGAUCACCCAGCCAGCAGCUAGUAGUGUUUGUAGGAUGUUAAAAUGGAUAGAGGGAUCUUUAACUAGCCAGCUAUUUGCCUACUUUGAGUUAUUUGUUUCUGUGUGUCCUAUGGGUCUUUAUCUCCCCGUGUGUUUCUGGACCUUCCCUUCAUCUUACGUUCUUAACUGACAUUCAGUCAAUUAAAUUAAUUAUUUCUUGAUU